GAGUCGCAAAAGGAAAUGGGAAUCAAAUGUUUGGGAUCAUUAUAAUUGCUUCGACGGUGGCGAGUUCAAUGACAAACGACCAAGAGCUUAUUGCAAAUAUUGCAACCAAGGACCUGUGUUUGCUGAUUCUCAUAAUGGAGGUGAUUUCUAGUUGAGUGCUCGUUAUUGCAAAGUGGCCCCUACGCUUAGGUAUUCAAGGUACGUACAAGUCUAGGGCGACCACACCUUUUGUCAAUGACAUUACAUGAUUGGUGAUGAUGUGAAUUACAUUAUGUGGAAUCAUGUUUAUUUUGAUGAACGAGCAUGUGAUUUGUGAUGUUGGAUUUGUUGGAUUAAUUGUUGAACAAGCAUGUUGAAAUUAUUAUGAGUAUGGAUUUCAUUGUCAAUCAUGUUGUUCAAUAUUUAUGCAUGUAUGGUUCAAUUCACAUGCAAGGGAUGGAUUAUUUAUUUGUAUGCUAUUGUACGGGAUGUCUAGCAUACUUUGAGCCAUUUAUCUGUACCUUGUCGUACUAUUUAUUUUACCACAUGUGAAGGGUUAGCUCACGUAAGCCACCGCACAUGUAGGGUUCAGUUGAGAAUAUUAUGUAUGGAAUGAAUUAGGAUUGGUCGUGCAAGGGCACAACCCUCAUGUUAAUGUGCAUGAUGUGGAGUCUCACUUUGGUGAGGAGGAACAUGGUAGUAAUAUCACAAGUGUCUUGCUUGGUUGAUCACAAGUCCUAAAGCAUUAAAAUAAGAUUGUUUUGGUUGUUGUUUAUUAAUUUUAUGUAUGCAUGUUGUCGAGUCUUGAGUUCGCCUUUAAUAAAAUAUUAAUAAACGUAAAGUGCAACCAGAACAAGCUUCAAAACUCUUGGAACGUAUAUACCUUGAGUAUGAACAAUGGGGGGAGUCUUGCCGGAAAGCUCGUACUCCUACUAAUGAUACAAGACGUUGUUUCAUUUAUAUUAUGCGCAGGAAUUCCGUCGGUAUGGCCCGAUUUUAUUAUUAUAUAUUUGGUGUAUGGUUGGCUCCCAUCACCUUUUCCCUUUGUGGAUUAUUCUUUUGGCCCGUUCGAAGCUUAUUCUAAUUAAAUUGUGAGUCAAGAGUCGAGUCAAGAGUCGAGUCUUGUAUCUCAUGAUUGUUUGAUUUAUUAUUAUAUGGCUUUUGCAUGUUGAUUAGUACUUAGUGAGUGAUGCAUGUGUUAGUUUCAUUUCACUCUAUUCUUGUAAGUACUCAGCUUUUGCUGACUACGUGCUUUGUGUGUUUCUGGUCAUGGCCUUUGCCUUAAUGACCCUAUGAUGAUCCAUCAUUUGCACUUGCAUUGUUGGGGAGUAGAAUAAUAUAGCAGGUUGGUAGAUCAAGUACGACCGAAAUCAUGUGGCUUGGGAUGAUUGAGAGAGUUGCAUGUUUUCGUUCUUUGAAACUAUUUUAUUUAAUAUUUUAAUUAUGUUUGAAAUGUUUGAAUUAUUUAUAUUUUGGGUUUUGGGCCGUUAUGGUUCCAAAUUGUAGGAGGCCUCAAUAUUAAAUUUAUUAUGUUUUUAAAAGUUAGUUGACAUUAAAUUCCGCUGCGUAAUUCUGGUAAUAGCCUUAGCCGUUAUCACGGUGGCGGUAAUACUUUAGUAAUUCCUUUAUUUUAAGUUGGAAAAUGGUUUUAUAAAAGCAAGGAAUUAUUAGGGUGUUACAGAUUGUUCCAAGGGUUUUUGGUUGGAUUGUCCUACAAGAUGGAAUUCCACUUUUACAAUGCUUGAAAGGGCUUUUAUUUAUCGUGUUGUUUUCACAAGGAUGGUAAGGAUUAGUAAUGCAAGUACGCCUCAAGCUCCAACGGAAGAUGAAUGGUCUAAACUUGAGAAGAUAUGUGCACUAUUUAGGCCUUUUGAUGAGAUUACCAAACAAUUUUUUGGUAGGAAUUAUCCAACUACCAAUUUGUAUUUAAUGCAUGUUUGGACAAUUGAGUCUCUCAUAAGGAGUUAUUGUAAUCAUGAGGAUGAGACAUUGAACACAAUGGGAAAGAAGAUGAAAGAAAAAUUUGACAAGUAUUGGGAAUCUUACAGCAUGAUUCUUUCUUUAGCUGCAAUUUUUGAUCCUCGCUUAAAACUUCAAUAUGUUAAGUUUUGCUUUACGCAAUUGGAUGCUAGAAGUGCUGAAUAUAAGAAUGAACAAGUGAAAGAAUCUCUCUUCAAGCUCUUUGAAGAGUAUGCCACAACUGGUAAUGUGCAAGAUAAUGUCCCUGGAGCUAGAUGUGAAAGCAACCACCUUGCUGCAUUUUCGAACUUUGAGAGUUCCUCGUUUCAAGGUAGAACACAACUUGAUGACUAUUUGGUGAGCAUAAACUAGAUCCUUUGGCAAAAUUGGAUGUUCUUCAAUGGUGGAAAUAUAAUGAAAUAAGGUUUCCACAAGUUGCAAAAAUGGCUCGAGAAUUGUUAAGCAUCCCUAUUACUACCGUUGCAUCUGAGUCGGCUUUUAGCUUAGGAAGUAGGAUAUUAACAAAGUGGAGAUCGAGCUUCUUUGUUACCUGAGAAUGCAGAAGUUUUAAUUACAACUCGGAGUUGGAUAAUUGUCUACGAUGUCGAAAAGGGUGACAAUUCUCUUGAUGAUGGUAUUGAGAUUCCUCUUCUCCAAGAUCCCAACAUUGCACCUCAAGAAAUCAGUGAUGAUGAGUAUGGUGAAGACGAGGAGGACUUUUGAGAAAAGAGUUCAUUUUGGAGCAGUUUGUUUUAUUUUGCGUUGUCGGAACUUUGUUUUAUUAAGCUUCACUUGACUUUAUUAGUAACUUUUAGUUUGUAUUUUUAAUUUGAGCAUGACUGUAUUUGGAAUA